GAUCAUGUAAAUAUGGUGGAUACCAAUCAUCAAUUUUUGCUUGGUCGUUUCAAAAUUUAUUUAUGUUGUGCAAUAUUGUAUAAGUAUCUGCAGUUGUGUUUAAUAAGUAGUUAUUGUUUUAUUAGUUGUUAAUUGUCGCAGUCUUGCUCAUUUCUUAAUUGUAUAAAUUUUAGAUUUAGGGGUUAGGGAGUAAAACUGGAGAAAAUAUGAAUAAAAUACUAUUUUCUUCGAUUAAGGAAGUGAGUAAGAAGAUAAAUUCAGGUGAAAUACGUUCGUCUGAAAUUUUAAAAGCUUCGCGAAAGUUGAUAGAUACUAUUAAACCCCUAAACGCUUACAUCAGUAUAACCUCAAAAUUAGUUGAUCAAGAAUCCGAAGAGAAGGAUGAAAAGGUGGAAAAUAAAGCCACUUUGGGUGAUUUACAAGGGAUAACAAUCGCGAUAAAAGACAAUUUUUGCACAGAAGGUCACCCGACAACAUGUGGCUCCUUGAUGCUUGCAAAUUUCGUGCCGGGUUAUGAUGCUACUGUGUGCAGUCGUUUAAAAAAAUCUGGAGCGAUUUUGACUGGAAAAACGAAUCUUGAUCAGUUUGCCAUGGGAUCUGGAACAGUUGACUCGUUUUUUGGACCGACGAAGAAUCUUUGGGGUUCUGAAUUCAUGGAUUAUUAUUGUUUUGAGGAGAGAGAAAUGGGAAAAAGAAAGGGAUCGUCAUCUAGUGGUGAUAAUUGGUAUAUUGCAGGAGGUAGCAGUGGAGGCUCAGCCGUAGCAGUUGCCAGUGGAACUUGUUACGCAGCUUUGGGAUCCGACACUGGUGGUUCGACUCGAAACCCAGCUUCUUAUUGCGGAUUAAUUGGUUUAAAGCCUACAUAUGGAUUAGUUUCUCGCAAUGGGUUGAUUCCCUUAGUAAAUUCCAUGGAUGUUCCCGGUAUAAUCACAAGAAGAGUCGACGAUGCUUUGUUAAUAUUAAACGCGAUAGCAGGUCCAGAUUCUUCAGACUCUACAACCUUGAAGGAAGACUAUUCUCCAAUUUCUUUACCUGACAGAAUUGAGGUAACUGGAUUAAGAGUCGGAAUUCCAAAAGAGUACCGUUUGUCAGAACUCAGCAACGAGGUAGACGUCUGUUGGCAAAAUGUAGCGCGGAUCUUAGAGGAAGGUGGUGCCAAAAUCAUUCCAGUUUCUCUUCCCCAUACAGAAUUGUCAAUCGUCUGUUACUCUGUUUUGAAUCAGUGCGAAGUCGCGAGCAAUAUGGCACGAUACGAUGGAAUUGAAUUUGGAUUUAGAGCAGACGAAACUUUUUCCACGGAAGAGUUGUUUGCUAACACAAGAGGCAUGGGAUUCAAUGAUGUUGUUAGAAGUAGGAUUCUGGCAGGGAACUAUUUUUUGCUUUCAGAAAAUUAUGAAAAUUAUUUUGUCAAGGCGAUGAAAGUGAGGAGAUUGAUAGCGCAGGAUUUCGAGGCUGUUUGGGAUGCUGGAAUUGAUAUUUUAUUGACGCCUACCACUCUUUCGGAUGCGCAGCUGUAUCGGGAUUUUAUAAAAGCGGACAAUCAGACGCAGUGUUCAGUACAGGACUAUUUUACUCAACCAGCUAAUAUGGCUGGUUUACCUGCUGUGAAUGUGCCCAUUAGUCUCUCUAAAAAAGGCCUGCCACUCUCUUUACAAUUAAUGUCUCCGAUUCUUCAGGAACGUCGAUUACUAAGUGUUGCAAAGUGGAUUGAAGAAAGUGUACACUUUCCAAAACUUUUACUUCGGGACUCGAAUUUGCUCGUGUAAGAUUAGAGUAUGUAAUCUGUAAAUAAAUUGUUAUAUAUGAGCGGAUGAAAGUAAAAACGGGACAUAUAAAAUUUGGGAGUAAAAACGGAACAUACAUUUUUCGGGGUAAAAAGGGAACAAACAAAUCUUCCGAGUAAAAACGGAACAA